GUGGCAAGGACGAUGCCGACUACGGUAUCUCCAGUGAAUCCUUUAAACGGCACCUGCACCGCGCCGGUGGCCGACUUCUGGCGCGUGUUUACACCCUCUUCUUCCUGCACUCUGAGAUUGUCGGCCUGGAGCUUGCUGACCGUCUCUGUGAGGGAGAAGUUGAUCAUACCUCGUUUGCUCAACUGGCUGACAGUCUACCUCCGCUUAAAGGUAUCCUAC